AUGCCUCCCAAGAAAGCCGCCGCUGCCCCCAAGAAGGCUGCCGCCAAGGAGCCUGUCCAUGCUAGCUACCAAGAAAUGAUCAAGGAAGCUAUUAUCAAUCUCAAGGACCGUCAAGGAAGCAGCCGUCAAGCUCUCAAGAAAUACGUUCAGGCCAACAACAACCUCUCCAGCGUGACUGAGGCCGCCUUCACUACCCAAUUCAACCGUGCUCUCGCCAAGGGUAGCGAGUCUGGCGUUUUCGAGCGCCCCAAGGGUGCUUCUGGACCUGUGAAGAUCGCCAAGGCAAAGGCCGGUUCUCCUCCCGCCGCAAAGAAGGCAGAGACCAAGAAGACCGAGACCAAGACCACCAAGGCUGCACCCAAGACUGCCGCUAAGGCCAAGAAGACCACUGCUGCAAAAGAGGCCCCUGCUAAGAAGGCUGCUGCACCCAAGAAGACCGCCACCAAGGUUGCACCCAAGAAGGCUGCUGCCACCAAGAAGGCCGCCGCACCUGCCAAAGCGACCAAGACCAAGGCCAACGUGUCCAAGGUCAGAAAGAGUGCUCCCGCACCCGCUGUGGAGGACAAGGCUCCUGUUGUUCUCGGAAAGACCAAGUCAGGCCGUAUCACCAAGAGCACCGCACCCUCAGCACCCGCCACCAAGGCAGCUGCCAGCAAGAAGAAGGCCGCCCCCAAGAAGGCGACACCCAAGAAGAAGGCCGCCUAA